AUGUUUAGAAGAGCGUCAUCAAGACUCUUAUCCAGGAAUGGCCUCGUUGGCUCAACCGCAGCGCUCGGAUUGACCAGCUACGCCUAUUUGAACUCGAACAAGGAAUCCAUCAGCAUGGAUGACUCAAUUGAUCGUCGCCCAUCUGCUCUCUGGACUCCACCUUCCCGUGAGCACAUGCUCACCAAAUUAGGCGCGUUCGAUUCAAAGGACAAGGAAGAAAUCUGGGAUCUUCUCAUCGUCGGUGGUGGUGCCACUGGUGCUGGUGUUGCAGUUGACGCUGCUACAAGAGGCUACAAGACUGCGCUCGUAGAGCGUGACGACUUCUCUUCUGGUACCUCUUCAAAAUCAACUAAGCUCGUCCACGGCGGUGUGAGAUACCUCCAAAAAGCUAUCCUUGAACUUGAUUAUGAGCAAUGGAAGCUCGUCCGUGAAGCCCUCCACGAACGUAAGACGUUCUUGGAUAUCGCUCCUUACCUCUCACAACCACUCCCAAUUAUGCUACCUGUUUACACCUGGUGGCAACUCCCUUACUUCUUCGUCGGUUGUAAGGUGUACGAUUUCCUCGCAGGAUCACAAAACAUGGAAUCCUCAUACGCUAUGUUCAAGAGCAAGACAGUUGAAUCCUUCCCAAUGCUCAAGUCUGACGGUCUCGUUGGUUCCGUUGUAUACUACGACGGUCAACACAAUGACGCCCGUAUGAACAUGGCCUUGAUUAUGACCGCCGUCCACCACGGUGCUACAGUCGCCAACCACACCGAAGUUGUCCGUCUUGAAAAGAAUUCAAGCGGCAAGAUUGAGGGUGCUAGACUGAGGGACAACAUCACCAAGCACGAAUGGGAUGUAAAGUCAAAGGGUAUCAUCAACGCUACCGGGCCAUUCUCAGACGGUAUUCGUAAAUUCGAUGAACCUCAAGUCCAAGAAAUUGUUGCUCCAUCAUCCGGUGUUCACAUUACACUCCCAUCAUACUACUGCUCACCAGAGCUUGGUUUGAUCGAUCCAAACACCUCCGACGGCCGUGUCAUUUUCUUCUUGCCAUGGUUAGGUAACGUCAUUGCUGGUACUACCGACUCUCCAUCCAAGGUUGAGCGCAACCCAGCUCCAAAGGAGGAAGAAAUCCAAUGGAUCAUCGAUGAGGUCCGUAGAUAUCUCUCACCAGACCUCAAGGUCCGUCGUGGUGACGUUCUCUCAGCAUGGUCAGGUCUCAGACCACUCGUUCGCGACCCAGCAGCUAAGAACACACAAUCUCUUGUCAGAAACCACAUGAUCAACAUUUCAAAGGGUGGUCUUUUGACCAUUGCUGGUGGUAAGUGGACUACCUACCGUUCCAUGGCCGAAGAAACAGUCGACGCUGCUAUCAAGGAGUUCGAUCUCGAGCCAAGAAAGUGUCAAACCACCAAGGUUAAGCUUGUAGGAUCACACGGCUGGACUCCUAUGAUGUUUAUCAAGCUUAUCCAACAAUUCGGUUUGGAGACUGACGUAGCUAAGCAUUUGGCUGCCACCUACGGUUCUUUAGCAUGGAACGUUGCCGCCAUGACUGAAGCAACUGGAUUAAGAUGGCCAAUCCACGGUACAAGACUCGCAACCACAUACCCAUUCCUUGAAUCUGAAGUUAGAUACGCUUGCCGUGCAGAAUACGCACAAACCUCAACCGACGUUAUCGCACGUAGAACUAGACUUUCAUUCCUCAACGCCCAAGCCUCCCUCGAGGCUCUUCCAAGAGUUGUCGACAUUAUGGCUGAAGAACUUGGAUGGGAUUUGAGCCGUAAGCAGCAAGAAUUCGAUCAAGGUAAAGACUACCUGAUGACAAUGGGUCUUCCACCAACCAAGCAAAACCUCUCAUUGGGCGAUGUCAGAAGCGGUAAGGUUGUCGACAAUGACUCAGCAGAGAUUGAAGACGCUGUGUUUGCUAGAGCUCAAUUCUCACCAACUGAAUUGGAAUCCCUCAAGGAGAAAUUCGCUGCAUUGGAUCUCGAUCACGAUGGAUCUAUCUCUAAUGAAGAUCUUGGCAAGUCACUCAACAACCUCGGUUACAAGAAUGUCUCAGAAGAUGCCGUCGCAUCUAUCCUUCAAGAAGUUCAACACAAGGAUGGUGUCACAUUGGAUUCAUUCUUGGACAUUGCAUCCGGAUUAAAGGAAGUUGAGUUGUCUACUGCUUUCACCAGCGUUCUGAGCCAAGUUCCAAGCUCGUUACAAGAACACGUCGGUCAAACCUACGGUGGUCCAAAGGGUGGUAGCAACGUUGGUAUUGGCGCAGCUGCAGAUGCAAGCUCUGGCUCUGAGAAGUCUGGCGGUGGUGUCUAA